CUCCCCUUGAAGGAGGCGGCCGAUGAAGUCACUGCCGCUCGGCCCGCUUCAGGCAUCGCUGGUGCUCGGUGGUGGCGGAGCGGCGGUGGCAUCGGCUCCCCGACUGCUCGCAGGCACCUGCCGCCCGGAGCUUCACGCGGCGUCCCCAGGCGGCCCUCGCCGGUCCCGCCCCCCUCCGUUUGCGGUUCCGAGGAGCCCUGAAUCCCAGCUGAGUCGCGGCGCUUCUCUGCGCGAACCCCCGGCCGAGAUGCCUUCGGACCGGCCUUUCAAGCAGCGGCGGAGCUUCUCGGAUCGUUGUAAAGAGGUGCAGCAGAUCCGAGAGCAACAUCCAAACAAAAUUCCAGUUAUUAUUGAAAGAUACAAGGGAGAGAAGCAGCUGCCUGUACUGGAUAAGACUAAAUUUCUAGUCCCUGACCACGUCAACAUGAGUGAAUUGGUAAAAAUAAUCCGGCGCCGACUGCAACUGAAUCCUACCCAGGCUUUCUUCCUGUUGGUGAACCAGCACAGCAUGGUGAGUGUUUCCACCCCCAUCUCCGAGAUCUACGAGCAAGAGAAGGAUGAAGAUGGCUUCCUUUACAUGGUCUAUGCCUCGCAGGAGACCUUUGGCUACUGAGCCCUUAAGCCACCAGAGGACUGACUCCAAACUGUUGCAUAAAUACUACCCCCAACUCCCUCCCACUUUGGCAAACAGUGCCGAGAGAGCUUGUGGCCCAGGAGCAACUCACAAGUGACCUGUGCUCCUCUACCCUUUGCAGUGCAACAGACCAAGAUAGUUCGGUGUGUAUGUGAACAUGUGGCCCACGAAUCUCGACUUUUUCCUUGCCAUUGCUCCACCCCUUGUGUGUGACACUCAUUGCUCCAUUUCACUUUCCCUACUGUGUGCUCGCUCACUCUCUUUCUGUUGUCAUAAUGUCCUUUUUCUUAGUCCAAUGCCAAAUCAACAUGGCUGGUGGCAAGCGGGGGGGAAAAAGAAACAUUCCCUUGCCUGUCUGGUGAAGGGGAGGGGCUUGUCUGCGGAACAUUUUAUUAAAAAGCGGGACGUCUGCAGAACAGUCAAUAAGUAUCAUUGCUCUUGUGUUUUAAUUGAUUUUAAUGACAUGCAUAUCAAUUCUUGGUGCUACAAAGUAGAAUUAGGCUUCUCUACAGGACUGUGUAUAAUGUAUAUCUCUUAGAUUUAUUUUAUUAUUUUUAAGCAGGAUGGGGGGGGGAAUAUAAUUUGCAUAUUAUGUAGGUUUUGAAACGACAGCAACAAAACAACCCAAGCUUCUUUGCACUUUAAAAUGUAGUAGAGGUGAGAGUGGAAUUAGUGUGUUUUUCACAGGUCUGCUGAACCCUGUGCUGCUUCUUUGUCGAUAUUUGACUUUGAUUAGGUUUAGUAUUAUUGGGGUUUUUUUAAAUGCCAGCCUCUUUUUCUUUCUUAAAGUCUUGCAUGCAGAGCUUUCUUUCUCUUAACUUCUUCUUUUCUUUUGGCUCCUUUGUGGCAGAAGACCAUUCACUCAAGGAAUGUACUGAUUUAUAUUGUUCCUUCUACCCCGCCCCGCCUUUUUUAAAAUUACAAUACCAAAAAUGCGUGUAUGACUGGAAAAUGAAAUACACCCAGUUGAGUCUCUGCGAAUAUCUAUAUAAAUAAAGAUAAAUUAAAAUUGA